GAUAGGGAGCGAUCUCCAAGCGAGGCAGCAAGAUGGACGCGGGAUUCUUCCGCGGAACAAGUGCGGAACAGGAUAAUCGGUUCAGCAACAAACAGAAGAAACUACUGAAGCAGCUGAAGUCUGCAGAAUGCCUAGAAAAAAAGGUGGACAUGAGCAAAGUAAAUUUGGAAGUUAUAAAGCCUUGGAUAACAAAACGAGUAACGGAAAUCCUUGGGUUUGAAGAUGAUGUUGUGAUUGAGUUUAUAUUCAACCAGCUGGAAGUGAAGAAUCCAGACUCUAAAAUGAUGCAAAUCAACCUGACUGGGUUUUUGAAUGGAAAAAAUGCUAGAGAAUUUAUGGGAGAACUGUGGCCUCUGCUGUUAAGUGCACAAGAAAACAUCGCUGGAAUCCCCUCUGCUUUCCUGGAACUGAAGAAAGAAGAAAUAAAACAGAGACAGAUUGAGCAAGAAAAAUUGGCAUCUAUGAAAAAGCAAGAUGAAGACAAAGAUAAGAGGGAUAAGGAAGAAAAAGAAAGCAGCAGAAAAAAAAGGGAACGGUCUCGAAGCCCGAGAAGUGACAUCCUGAAAGUUCCCAAGCCUGAACCUGUACCAGAACCUAAAGAACCUUCUCCAGAAAAAAAUUCCAAAAAGGAAAAGGAGAAGACCAGAGCACGAUCUCGGUCACGUUCCAAAUCAAGGUCACAGACGCAGUCUCGCUCUCCUUCUCACACUUGACCUAGACGGCGCCAUAGAUCCCGAUCAAGAUCAUACUCUCCUAGAAGACGGCCAAGCCCGAGGAGGCGCCCAUCCCCUCGGAGAAGAACUCCUCCAAGACGAAUGCCUCCUCCGCCACGGCACAGGAGGAGCAGAUCUCCAGUGCGAAGAAGACGACAUUCAUCAGCAUCCUUGUCUGCAAGUACCUCAUCAUCCUCUUCAUCUCGUUCCUGGUCGCCGCCAAAGAAACCUCCUAAGAGGACAUCCAGUCCCCCUCGAAAAACUCGCAGGCUAUCUCCUUCCGCGAGUCCUCCAAGGCGAAGGCAUAGGCCAUCCCCUCCAGCAACUCCACCACCAAAAACUCGCCAUUCCCCGACACCCCAGCAGUCAAACCGUACGAGAAAAAGCCGUGUUUCUGUGUCUCCAGGGAGAACUUCAGGUAAAGUGACAAAGCAUAAAGGUACUGAGAAAAGAGAAUCCCCUUCACCAGCACCGAAACCUAGAAAAGUAGAAUUAUCUGAAUCAGAAGAAGACAAAGGUGGCAAAAUGGCUGCAGCAGAUUCUGUGCAGCAGAGACGCCAGUACAGACGACAGAACCAGCAGUCUUCAUCUGACUGUGGCUCCUCUUCGUCCUCAGAAGAUGAGCGACCCAAAAGAUCCCACGUGAAGAAUGGUGAGGUAGGCAGGCGGCGGAGACAUUCCCCUUCCAGGAGUGCCUCUCCCUCACCACGAAAGCGCCAGAAAGAGACUUCCCCUCGGAUGCAGAUGGGAAAGCGAUGGCAGUCGCCAGUGACCAACAGUGGUAGACGGAGGAGAAGUCCCUCACCACCAACCACCAGAAGGCGGCGCUCUCCUUCUCCCGCUCCUCCUCCGCGACGGCGCAGGUCUCCUACACCACCGCCCCGACGAAGGACUCCUUCUCCACCGCCACGCCGACGCUCGCCUUCCCCUCGGAGGUACUCCCCUCCCAUACAGAGGAGAUACACCCCUUCUCCACCUCCCAAGAGAAGGACGCCUUCUCCUCCUCCCCCUCCAAAACGGAGGGCGUCGCCAUCUCCACCACCAAAGCGGGGAGUCUCGCAUUCUCCACCUCCCAAACCGAGAAGCUCGCCGGUCACCAAGAGACGCUCGCCUUCGUUGUCAUCCAAGCAUAGGAAAGGCUCUUCGCCAAGCCGCUCCGCCCGGGAAGCCCGCUCGCCACAGCCAAACAAGCGGCACUCGCCUUCCCCUCGGCCUCGAGUUCCUCAGACCUCCUCCAGCCCUCCACCCUCGCGGAGAGCACCGUCGUCCUCACCCCAAAGAAGGCAGUCUCCAUCUCCAAGUACUAGGCCCAUUAGGAGAGUCUCCCGGACUCCGGAGCCUAAAAAGACAAAAAAGACUGCCUCUCCAAGCCCACAGUCUGUAAGGAGGGUCUCAUCCUCCCGAUCUGUGUCUGGAUCUCCUGAGCCAGCAGCUAAAAAACCUCCAGCACCUCCGUCCCCUGUCCAGUCUCAGUCGCCCUCUACAAACUGGUCACCAGCGGUACCGGUCAAAAAGGCUAAGAGCCCAACACCAAGCCCGUCACCGGCAAGGAAUUCAGAUCAAGAAGGAGGUGGAAAGAAAAAGAAGAAAAAGAAGGACAAGAAACACAAAAAGGAUAAGAAGCACAAGAAGCACAAAAAACACAAGAAGGAGAAGGCGGUGGCAGCGGUGGCGGUGGCAGCUGCUGCCGCCGUCCCCCCUGCAGCUGUCGCUGCUGCCACGACCACCUCAGCACAGGAGGAAGCAGAGGCAGCGCUGGAGCCCAAGAAGGAGACUGAAAGUGAAGCUGAAGAUAACCUUGAUGACCUAGAGAAGCACCUGCGGGAGAAGGCUCUGCGGUCCAUGCGGAAGGCUCAGGUGUCCCCACAGUCCUAGGUGGAAACGUUUGUUAGGAUGUACAUUUUAUUUGGUUUGUACGCAAUUCAAUUUCAAAAUUGCUAAAAUGUGUUUGAGCUUUAGACUAUAACAUUUGUUGUAAUAAUUGCUAGGUUGAAGUUCACCAUGUAAAAAAAAAAAGGGCAUGGAUUUACAUUGCAAAAGGUGUCCACAGUGUAUUAGUGACAUUCUUUCAUUGACAGCUGACAUACAUUCAUUUAGAGUGAAAUAUUUUAAGCCAAAAAAAAAUCUCCUUUUUAAAAAAGGGGGUUUAAAUAUUGUUGGCAUUCUUAUGGUUCCUUUAAAUGCCCCUGGCUAUUUCCAAAGGGGUUCCUCUUUCACUCUUUUUUUUCUUUUUCUUUUUUAUUUCUUUACCUUUUCUCAUUUGAGUCUCUUACCACCCAUGUAAGUUAUGCUUCCAACCUCAUGGUUUGUAAGCUUGCCCAGAAAUAAGACCACUGUUGAACGACACAAAAGUGUAAGUGAGUAUUUUAAUGCCACAAUCUUUCCUGUUGCCUGUGGAGUCUCUGCUGAAGUGAAUCAGGAUUGGAGCUCUUGGAAGAGACAGAAAGCAAAGCCACGUCAUUUGCCAGGACACUGUGGGUCUCUGUCCAUGUGGAACAAGUUGAUUUGGAACACUGGAAUUUCAUUCUAUACUGUUCUGGGGUGUUCUUUUUUUGUUUGUUUGUUUUCUUUCUUGUAAAGGCAAUUAACUAGUCCCAGGAAGGAUCCUUCAGUUAUAUAAAAUUUUGUUUUAUGAAA